AUGGAGUUUUAUGAGUUAUUGAUACUCAAAAGCACAAAUACAGAUUUGAAAGAUGUUUCUGAAACUAAAGAGGAAGAAGAAGAGUCUCUAAAACAUGGCAGACAGUUUGAAGUAAAGCCUUCGCCUCCCAUGGCUAAACGGCUUCAUGCAGAAAUGGCUAAUAGAAGAUAUAAAUUAUGGCGGUAUUUGGAAAAUUCAGAUGUAGAACCAUUUAAAGGUGGAAGUGACGAAGAAUAUCAGCCCAACGAUGAAGAUGAAGAAAGCGAGGAUACAGAGAUAAACGCAGAUUUUAUAGCAAGUAGUGCAGGCAGAAAUACUGAGAGUCUGUCACCAACACCAGCAAGUUCAUCGUCAUCCAAUCCAUCUGAUGCCCAAUGGAAAACAGACGUUUUGCCUUUAGAGAGGGAAAUAUUAAUAGGCAAUCACGGUGUACAAAAACAGUUACUGAUGAUCAGCGAAUUAAUUUAA